AUGGACCCGAUAACUGUGGAAUGUAUACAGGAAAAAGCACAAUCUGCUCUGGAAGAGUACGAGCGAUUUCAAUACCUCCAUCAUCAACCAUUUCGUUUCGGGCGUCUAUUACUCCGACUGCCUCGUUUGAAAUUGGUCACGGGGUACAUCCUACAGCGUAUAUUCUUUCCCCAUAUGGACGAAGAUCGAUCUUCCGUGGAACAACUGAUAAAAGAGCUUCUCCUACGCGAACCGCCAUUGCCACCACCACCACCACCACCACCGUUACCACCACCGUUACCACCACCAACCAACUCCAAUCCCAGUCUGCAUGGGCGUUCCCCGUUUGAUACGGAUUUCACUGAGUGGCCCGGAUCGACUUUUCCAACGCCUACAACAGUCACUCCUCAAUUCCCAUCCGGGCUCGGGUUUGAUUGUGAUAUGAACCUGUUCCCGAUCGACCCCGGACAGAAAUCCGCACUUCCCUGUUGGUCACCUAAUUCACGAACGGGAAUAGAGCUAACCGCGCAUCCCGGGUUGGAUUCAAAUUUGUUUGGAACAACAAAAUUGAACUUUAUGGACCCAGACUGGUGUAUACGGAAUCGUAAUCCAUUUCUAAUGCAUCCGGCUCUGAUGACUUUCGGCUAUGGGCAGGUACACUUGCCGAGUGGCCCUCUUGAAUCCAGCAAACCAAGGACAAAUAAACCCCCAGUAUCGAGAGAUGAACCCUUGACUGAGGAUCUGAUCGGUUCGGAAAUCAGUGCAUUUGCACCAAUUCAAACAAACACUCCACUAACAUCUGGUAAAGUUUCCUCAGUUUGUUCAUCUUGGCAUCACCUGAAGCGUGUCGAUUCGGCACACAAAUCCCCAUCCAGUGUGAACGCAGUAGUUGGAGAUAAUAAACACUUAAACCCUGAAUGUAUGCAAUCGAUCCGGAGACCAGUCACCACAGAUGCUCCAAUCCACAGAACUUUCACAGAACCUGGUCGGGACAGGAUCGGUUUGUGUUCGAAACCCGCAGCCGCAACAACAAUAACCACAACCACGGCAGCCGCAACACCAGUGAGCAGAACUUCUUUCCCCAGUAGUCAACAGAUCCCUCAAAUCCCAUUCAAUCAGACUUUAGCUAAUCCGGCUACCUUACAACUAUACUAUGCAGUAAUGCGGCAUCAACUCAGUCUACUACAGAAGCACACAACAUCCGUCCUAUUCCACGAGAAACAGACUGAAAAAUCCGGGCCGAAUUGA